GAGCUUUUUCUGGUGUUUACCUUCGGAGCAGACGGUUCUCGGUCUUCUGGUUCCCUGCAGAGCAGCCAGAGCCAGCUCGGAGUAAUUUCUCUGGGAAGUCAUGUUAAUGCACAGCUUCUUCUUGUUCACUUUUGGACUAAUUUUUACUGGAAACCCUUUUUGGAUAAAAGGUGUAUCCUCUGAACACACGCCCAGACUUUCUACAUUAGAAAUAAUCAUUCCUCAAAGUCUGACAAGCAGAGAGAAACAUCCCCCAUUUUCUCAUGAGGAGCAUUCAGAUGACAAUCUUUCUUACUCAGUUAAAACCAGAAAUGGAACAUACCUCCUAAAGCUGAAGAAAAAUAAAAAACUUCUCAGUGAUGACUUUAAGCUGUACACAUAUGGGGAGAAUGGGAAACUGCAGGCCACACCAUCCAAAAAUGAGACACACUGUUAUUAUCACGGCACUGUUGAAGGAAUUGCUGACUCCACACUUGCUCUGAGCACGUGUGAUGGCCUUAGGGGAAUUCUCUACAUUGGAGGCAAAUGGUACGGAAUGGAGCCCCUCAACACAUCCAGCACAUUUGAACAUGUGCUUUAUGAACUGGAAGAUGAGCAGGGUAUCCCCUUCCACUGUGGGGUGCUGAAUGGCAGCCUGGAGCACGAGAUGUUUGUGAAGCAGUCUGUGAAAUACACAUUUUCAUCAAACAGUACCUCCAGCAGGGACAGGCUCCUCAGGGAGAAGCGAGCUGUCCUGCCCCAGAAAAGCUAUGUAGAGUUAUUCGUGGUGGUGGAUCACAACAGGUUUUUGCUGAAGAAUUCUGAUCCUGCUGCAGUGCAAAAGGAAACAGUGGAGCUGAUUAAUUAUGUUGAUGGGAUGUAUAGAGCAUUAAACAUCCAGAUUGUUUUGGUUGGAUUAGAGAUUUGGACAGAUGCCAACCACAUAUCUGUGAUGGAUGGUUCAGCUGGAGAUGUGCUGAGUAGAUUUGUUUCUUGGAGACAGAAAGAUCUUCUGAAGCGCUCAAGAAAUGAUGUUGGUCACCUCAUCAUAGGGAGAAGCUCUUUCAGUGGAUCCAUUGGAAUGGCUUUUGUGGGUACUGUGUGCUCACACGUGCAGGGAGGGUCAAUCAGCACUCUGAAUCAUGACAAAAUGUUACGGCACGCCACAGUAGUUGCACAUGAGCUGGGGCACAAUCUGGGAAUGAAACACGAUGAUAAGAGGUGUCCUGCGUCCUAUAUCAUGCACAGCACAGAUAAUGGAUCCAGGAAUUUCAGCACCUGCAGCGCUGAUGAUUUUGAGACCUUUAUUCUAAGUGGAGGAGGAAACUGCCUUAGAAACCCUCCCAAAACAAGUAAUGUGUACAAAGAACCUGUCUGUGGAAAUAAUGUGGUCGAUCAAAAUGAAGAAUGUGACUGUGGCAAACCACAGGAAUGCUCCAACCCCUGCUGUGAUGCUGCCACCUGCAAACUCACAGCUGGCUCACAGUGUGCUCAAGGACUGUGCUGCAAAAACUGCAAGUUUAGAGUGGCAGGAGCAGAGUGCAGAGCAAAACAAGAUGUGUGUGAUCUCCCUGAGUACUGCAAUGGAAGCACUGCCUACUGCCCAGAUGAUGUUUACAUCAUGAACGGUCACCCAUGCAGCAACAGCAAGGCUUAUUGCUACUAUGGGGUGUGCCAGAGCUUUGAUUCACAGUGUGAAUCUAUCUAUGGCAAAGGGGCACGGAAAGCACCUGAUAUAUGCUUUGAAAAAGCAAAUAUUAAAGGAGAUAGGUUUGGAAACUGUGGGAUGAAAGGUGGAGUGUACAAGAAAUGCCCUGUCCAGCACAGUCUGUGUGGGAAGCUGCAGUGCACAUCUGUCAGUCUCCAGAACCUCCCAGCCUGGAGCGUUGUCAAUAAUGCAUCCGGGGUUUUGUGCUGGUCCUCUGACUUUGACCUCGGAUCAGAUAUCCCUGAUCCUGCCCAAGUUCAUGAUGGCACAGCCUGUGGAGAGAACAAGGCCUGUUUAGGUUUUGAAUGUCUUGAUGCAAGAUUUCUGGGCUACAGCUGUGAUGUAAAGCAGAAGUGCAAUAACAAUGGGGUGUGUAACAACAACGGGAACUGCCACUGCAAUCCGGGAUGGGCCCCUCCAUUCUGUAACCAGUCUGGCUACGGUGGCAGUGUCGACAGUGGUCCAGCUCACACAGAUACAUCACUUCGGGAUGGGCUGCUGAUUUUCUUCUUCCUGGUGCUGCCUGCAGCCAUCCUCACUGCAGUAGCAGUAUUUAAACGUGAUGCAAUAAGGAGAAAAAUUUGCAGGAAAAGCAGAGGACAGCACAGGUAUUUCCCUUCUGACAGGUGCUAUUCCAGCACGAGAGUGUGCCCCAGGGAUAACAACGGGCAGGAACCAAAGCAAGGCAACAGAGCAAGUCAAGAAACAGGAAAUAAUCAGCCUGCUGCAUCAAGUCACAACGUUUUUACCACAUUGCAUUUUCCUGGUACAAGGCAGCCAGUCCAAACCCAGCCUCCUGCAGCUUCCUCAGGACCUCAACGCCCCCCAGUCCCACCCAGACCAGUUGUCUGAGAUGUUUCUUGGGAACCCUCAACCAAUUCUGACAAAAAACUGGCCUGAAAAACAAAUGAAGGCAUUCCAAUGCUCCAGUGCUCUCCUUGUGCAGCCACAAUGCCUUUGGAAAGCAGGUCCCUCCUGCAAGGCCUGGGUGCCAGGGGGCUCUGAGCUCAGAUUUGGUGGCACCCCAGAGUUUUGCUCCUUGCUGCUGGCUGUGUUUGUGCCUCCUCUACCUCACCUUUUACAAAUCAGACCCUGAAGUUCAGCGUGCACGGGAGUGAACCUGGCAGUGUCAGAGAACAGGACUCCUCCACGCUGCUGCCUCCCUCUCAGGCCACGGAGAAAUGAAUUCUGCUGUUCAGACAAAAUACAAAGCUGGGAGAUCUGCACUUUACCUCCUGGGCUCUCCUCUCCUCAGGACACUGCCAGGAGCUCUGAGGGCCUGCAGAGCCAGGUUUGGGGACAGUCCCUGUGCCCCGCCCUGACAUCUGUGUCUUGGUUUGAACAGACAGGUGUCUGCUAAGGAAGGCAGGAGCCUCCCCUGAAAUGGAAAAUGUAAACCCUUCCCUCUGAAUUGCUGUAAAUUUUAAAUUAAGGAGCUCUCAGGCAAAGAUAUGGGAGUGAGAAUAACAGUUCUUUAUUACAGAAUCACAGAAUUUCUAGGUUGGAAGAGACCCUUAAGAUCAUCGAGUCCCACCCAUGUUCCAAUGUCGUAAUAAAGACGACACGGACACUGCUGCUCUCCGGGUGAACAAAAAAGAGGGACCUUUAUUUUCUGACUCCAACAUUUAUAGUUUUCCAA